UAGGCUAGGGGUUCCGCACGAUUAUUCGGAUCUAGAAAUGACCGAGUAUUUAUUUCGAGCAGGCAAAAUUUCAGACAACUUUCAGCCUCACCUCACACACAGGUUUUCCAAAUUGGUGUAGUUUCACAAUUUGAAACCGAAACUGCUGCAGGUCCGUGGAACAAGACAAGUUGAUUCGAUCAACGGAAAUUUUCAGUAAUCUCCAUGGAUAGAAACUACAAAUCGGACGAGGCCUUUGGUCAGUCCAGCAGCAACAGUCGUCGUGUCAUGUGGAAGCUCAACGGGGAGGAGGAAACCUUCGACUCCCUGGUCAACUAUCGCCGUAUCCCCGUUCGCACGGUUUGUGUUUCAGCACAGCAGAACAAGAGCCAGGACUCCUCUCUGCAAAACAGAAAGCGCAAGGCCAAUGAGAGCUGGCGGCUGCUCCUACGCGACUUGGUCAAGAAGAGGUCCACUAUCCGAGAGCGCGAGAUGGCCAAGAAGGCGGUCAGCCUGAGGGAACCAGUGUGGAAUGCCAGCCAGACGUCAGCCACCUCGCUGCCGGAAAUUAAGGAGUCGAGUCCCAAGGAACGGGCGGCCAUCUACUGGCGGCGUCUCUUCGACGAGGUGCACAAGCCACAGAUUGAGGAGCAGAAAGUGCCGGGUGCGGAGAAGGAGGAUCAGGUGGACGUCGCGCUCACUGCAAAGCCCAGCCUAGCAUUGCGCUACAAGCCAUCCCACGAGUCGUUGAAGUUCAAGCGGAGCAAUGAACUCGCAUCAGGACGAUCAGGGCCCAAAUCUUCCCUCGAAUCAAAGACCAGCAAACUGGAAGCGAACCUCAAACUGGAGACCUUCAGCCUGCCGCCGCAGCAAACGUGCGUGGUGCGCGAGGUGGAGCCUAGGUUUGCCCACCAAAGGCGCAUGUCGCUAGCCACCGACUCGGAUUCGUGCUGCUCCGGCGAGCUGGAGGUCCCCAACAACAGUCCCGUCCUGCAACAGGAGCCAGGAUCUCGUCCACACAAGGAGCUGAUCAGGGUCCAUGUCUCCGCACCCAAACAAUCUCCACUUGCGGAAGGAACGCAACGAAGUACGACUCCGAAUAGACGUCGCAAUGUGUUGAGCAAGGUCAACACCGGGACUAAAGAAGGAUCCCUUAUAGCAGCACCCAUCACAGGGGGCAACAAGUGCUCCAGGACCAGCGGAAGUGCGGGCACCUCUAACAUGCUCACGUUACGGCAGCGACAGCAGGAACUCCAUCGCUACCGCGUCAUGGUCGAGCGGAGGCGCCUCGAUCUCCUCGAGCUGAAGAUAGCCCGCGAGCGGGAGGAGGCGCUGCACAACGAGAUCCUCUUCCACAAGGACCUGCAGAUCAAGGAAAACGUGAUCAGGGCCCAUGAGGACAACGACUGCUCGAACGCCUAGGACUUCCCCAAUUCAUCGGCAACUCGUUUAGAUACCAAAUUCAUGGUGGUUUUCCACAAUUCGCAGUGGCCCUGGCCUCAGCAGUACAAAUUUUUAACACGAAAUAAACUAAAAAAAGGAAUACUCAAAUAA